AUGAGGACGGCGGGCUCGGGGUGGCACGCGGUGACGGGGAUGGCGGUCUCGGGACGGCAGGCGGCGACAGGGACGUGGAGGGGUGGGCUCGGGGAGCCUGGCGGCGCGUGGGGCAUCAACACCGACUACGCCAGGUGGGUGGCCGACAAGAAGUUCCAGCCGGGCGAUGAGAUCGUCUUCAAGUACUCGCCCACGGCGCACGACGUGGUCGAGGUCAGCAAGGCCGGCUACGACUCCUGCAGCACCGACAACGCCAUCAACACCUUCAGCUCCGGCAAUGAUGUCGUCGCCCUCAACGCCACCGGCACCCGCUACUUCAUCUGCGGCUUCCCUGACCACUGCGUCCCGCGCGCCCCCCUCACCAUGAAGAUCGUGAUCGACAUCGUGUCGGGCUCCUCCUCCUCCUCACCGGCGUCACCCAUGCCAGCCGCAGGUCCUGGCGCGAGCAGCUCUCCCCUGGCGCCGCCCUCCUCCGCCGCUACCUCCUUAGGGGCCGCGGCAGGAUUUGGCGUCGUUGCCCUACUGGCGGCAGGUCUCAUGGCUUGA